UCAUGCCCAAUGUGCGAAACACCGGCGUGCAAAGUGGUUGACCCAUUGCGCGACUGGUGCUGAUCGCAUUGGAACGAGAUGUCCUGAAGUAGAAUUAAAUUUACAAAGAACCAGGUUGUACUUGCUAGCAGCGGCGAGUAUCCAGUAUCAGCUUGUUUACGUAUAUUGUGUGCACAAUGGAAAGGAGACGCAAAGCCAUUGGAGUGCUUACGGGUUUUAGAGCCUGUUGGCUCAUGGCAGUAUGUAUCUGUUUAGAGAAUCAAGGUGUGAAAGGUCAAACUGUCAUUCUAGGUGCUGCUGGUACAGGACAAUCGAUGGCAGCAUUCACAGUGGCAUUUGGUAAUGGACAACCUACAGUCAAUGUUACAGAUUACUUACCUGUGUGCUUGGUGAUCAGUGGAUCAGGACCAUUCAUUCGACUAGAGAAGACUGAUGGUAGUCUAGUGUUGGGUGAGACAGGUGCCUUCUCAGGAGUUACUACUGUACAGGUGAACAGCACAGCACAUCCUAUACUCGACACAUCAUACACUGGACUGUACCAUUGCAGAACUGCUACACACAACUCAACACAGACAUAUCAACUCAACAUUGUAGCUCAACAGGUUCAAUCAGGACCAUCCCCUACACCACUGACAUUGACCUACACUGGUGAUACUCACACCAUACCAUGCGUGUCAAGUGGAAACUUUCCUCUCAACUCAUCUUGGAACUCAACAUUAACUCUGGACACACAGAUGAUACAGACGGUGACAUCUACGAAUUUGACGAACUCAACAUUCACCUUCCAGCGGAAUGAUUCCCAGAUUGUGUUUACAGAAAGUGAUACAUCAGGUAUUACCUUCAAUGUAAUCUGUACAACAUCGUAUACUACAAACUUUGAUUGUAUGGGAAUGGGUUCAAGUCCUCCACGUUCACAAAGUGUGAUUGACAGAUGUGUGAAUGCCACCCAGGCAAUGUCUACCACUGUCUCUGUCACAAUCCAAGCAACACAUUGUCCAGAGUUAAGCUCGACAACAGUUACGACUUUACCAAGGAGAACUAUUGGCACCAGCAUCACUGCAUCAUGUAUGUCUGGUUAUGGCAAUAUUUCAAUGCCAAGUACAGUGAUUUGCCAAGCUGAUGGAACAUGGACUACACUACCAACUUGCCAAGCUCACCGAACAACUGAAGUGUACAACCCGACUGCCAUCGCACUUCCAACAACUGGGAAAUACAGCACGACUUCCGGAAAUCCUAACAACACAGACCAAUUUUCAAAUGGUGAUGGAGGCAUAGGAACAGGCGUUAUAAUACUGAUUGGCGGGAUUGGUGGCUUGUUGGUGGCUGCACUGAUAGUAGCUGUGUUAGUUUUGAUAAUACGUCCCGAAAAGCCAAGUCAACCAGCAGAGACCAUGCCCAAUCUUACGGAAAAUGCAGCAUAUGGAGACGCCGGCUUUGCAGAAAGUGUCCUCACCAAAAGUGAUGCUUAUGGAGUAGUUCAACCAGCCGAGGAUCCACAUUACUCGUAUGUGGAUGUUCACCAAUAGUUGUUCAAUCCCUGCAUUUCUUGUGGAUACAUCCGUGGUCAAUAGUAUUGCCUUCUCGAUACAUACGUAUGUACACUGUAUAUCAUGUGCACAUUCACAUAUCUGAAGGUUUGUGGUUUUUCAAUAAUAAAUAAAUAAAAUAAAAAAUAUAAUAGUUAACUGUGUCGUUUGUAUCUUCAUAAUAAUCCAUUUUCAAAAAUAUGCAGGUUCAGCCGUUUGACACUAGUCGUCAGAAAGCCCCACUGUGACCAUGGCUAAGAGUAUCGGCCACAUUCCUUGUUUCAGAACAUGUCGUGUUUAAUAGUACUUUAUUACUAACCUGUUAUUUUGUCUAGAGUAUUUGUUCUGAAUCAGGAAUGUGCAUGAUUUAAGUGAGAAAAUACUGAAGUCUGCACUGUAUGUAUUAGCUGUCCAGAAAUGCCUUUUUGUUCUUUAAUGUUUGCUUAUACGCAUGCUAUUGGAGCGUGUCUGAUUGCAGUGUGAGUAUACCGCUCUUGAAGUGCACAAUAUAAUCACGACCAUUGCCGACCCCA